AUUAAUCCAUUGCCAAGGGACGCGGGCAUAUAUGAUAUGAUAACCUUCAUACCGGAUUAUACAGGUAUAUAGCCUAUGGUAUUUAUAUAAAGAAUCCUCUCCCUGAAAAUAUUUCCCCAAUUAAGAUAUAUAAUUGUAUAAAAAUUUAGAUAAAACGAGAAAUUUUAACCAACAGAAAGAAUGUUUCCAGUAUAGGUAUAUGAACUCCGAAAAUGAAAUAAUGCAAUUAUAAGUUCAUCUUAAUAGUGCAAUAGUGUAUAAAAAUGUAUGGCAAAAUUUAUCUAAUCUGCAUGAGAUUGACUGAUUUUCAAAAUUUGCCUGGGGAGCAGGCCCCCACAUCCCCCUAAUAGUGUCCUUUUUUGCAUAUAGGCCUAUACGUUUACCUUAGGAGCAGAACCCGUGAUGCAUGUUAUCUAUAAAUUAGUUUUAUGUUAUAUUCCUAAAAGUAUUGUGAAGAUUCUCAGUGCACUGAAAUUAAGUUUUUCUGUUAAGAUAUAAGAUGACAUUCAAUUUGACAACUUGAUAGUGUUACACAGUUACAGCAUCCGAGUGCCAAUUUACUUGAUUAUUCCCACAAAAUGUUUUAAUGUUCUAGAUCUUGCGGUCCCAGAAAGUAUGAUAUUUUCAGUUCCACUCCUGACGAUUAGAGUAAACGUGAAGAUAUAAUAUUAUAAAAUAACAUGUAUAUAACGCGUAUUCUGAUUGGUCGAAAGCCGUGUUUGGAUCAGGCCAUCCAAACACGGAAGACUACCGUGUUGUUGUUAUUUUAUAAAACAAUUACUUUAUGGUUUCCGUGUUUGGAUGGACUGAUCCAAACACUUGGGAAUGUUGCUCGAGUUAAGAAAAGCGGGCAAAAUCACUCGCCUUCGGCUCGUGAUUUCGCUCGCUUUUCUUAACUCUCGCAACAUUCCCGCGUGUUUGGAUCAGGCCAUCCAAACACGGAAACCAUAAAGUAAUUGUAUAUUUUAUAAUCGAGUUUAAUUUGUUAAUAAAAAUUACCAAAUUGAACCAGAUAAUUUUUUUCGAAAAGGGGUGCAUCAUGCUACACCAACCCAAAAAAUCACACAGAAAGCAACGUACGUGCAAAGUACUACAAAUACCGGGAAUGAUACCAGAAAAGGAACAUAUGGCGACGACAAGAGUAGCCUGCAUCAGGACGAAUACAGUUCGAAAUUAAUCAUCGGAUCCGUAAUAGGCGUUUCUAUGGCAAUUGGUCUCAUCAUCAUCUUGGUGAAAAGUUUGUAUGAAAAGAUUAAAAGUCCUCCACACCAUAAAG